UUGCAGAUCCGAGUGUAACAUCAUUCUUCUCCUUCCUCUCAUUUCUCUCCGGACCCAUCAAUGAUCAUCAUCAUAAUCUUCAUCAUCUUCGUCUCUGAUUCAGAAUUCACGAAGAACAGAUGUUAAAUUUCUUGAAAGGAGUAGUAGGCGGAUCUGGGGCUACCCUCAAGGAUCUACCUUACAACGUAGGAGACCCUUACACUUCCGCUUGGUCCUCUUGGUCUCACUUUCGCGGCACUUCCAAGGAUGAUGGGGCUCCAGUGUCUAUAUUUUCUCUCUCGGGAAAUAAUCAGCAGGAUGGCCGUUUAGCUGCUGGCCGGAACGGUGUCAAGCGUCUUCGAACUGUGAGGCAUCCGAAUAUCUUGUCAUUCCUUUAUAGUACCGAGGUUGAAACUUUUGAUGGUUCUGGUACAAAAGUUACCAUCUAUAUCGUCACUGAGCCCGCGACACCAUUGUCUGAGAAGAUCAGGGAACUGGGUUUAGAAGGUGCACAAAGAGAUGAGUAUUAUGCCUGGGGUCUGCACCAAAUAGCUAAAGCCGUGAGCUUUUUAAAUAAUGACUGUAAACUUGUUCAUGGCAAUGUUUGUCUGGAAAGUGUUGUUGUAACACAUACCUUGGACUGGAAGCUACAAGCUUUUGAUGUUUUAUCUGAGCAUGACGGGGCUAAUGGAACUGCCACAGGACCAAUGCUGCAAUAUGAAUGGCUUAUUGGAUCACAAUACAAACCAAUGGAGCUGGCCAAGUUUGACUGGGUUGCUAUCAGAAAAGCUCCACCAUGGGCUAUUGAUUCUUGGGGUUUGGGAUGUCUUAUUUAUGAGAUUUUCUCUGGCAUGAGGUUGGGAAAGACCGAGGAGCUGCGGAACACUUCUUCUAUUCCAAAGUCUCUGCUUCUAGAUUAUCAGCGACUCUUGAGCUCCACGCCUUCUCGCAGGUUGAAUACAUCGAAGCUUAUAGACAACAGUGAAUUUUUCCAAAAUAAGUUAGUGGACACGAUACAUUUCAUGGAGAUUCUCAGUUUGAAAGAUAGUGUUGAGAAGGAUACCUUCUUUCGCAAGCUUCCUAAUUUAGCAGAGCAGCUUCCUCGCCAAAUUGUGUUGAAGAAGAUAUUUCCCUUGUUAACCUCUGCCCUUGAAUAUGGUUCGGCUGCUGCCCAUGCUUUGAAUGCACUGUUGAAGAUCGGUUCUUGGUUGUCAGCUGAAGAAUUUAACCUCAAGGUACUGCCCACAAUCAUAAAACUUUUCGCUUCCAAUGACCGAGCCAUUCGAGUUGCUCUGUUACAGCAUAUUGAUCAAUAUGGAGAAUCUUUAUCAGCUCAAGUUGUCGAUGAACAAGUUUACUCCCAUGUUGCUGCUGGAUUUGCGGACACAUCUGCAUUUCUUCGGGAAUUAACUCUCAAGUCCAUGCUCUUAUUAGCUCCUAAGCUUUCACAACGUAACUUGUCAGGCUCUCUACUGAAGUAUCUUUCGAAGUUACAGGUUGAUGAAGAGCCUGCAAUUAGAACAAAUACUACCAUAUUACUGGGAAACAUUGCAAGCUACCUAAAUGAAGGGACACGGAAGAGAGUUUUGAUCAAUGCAUUUACAGUCCGUGCACUGCGUGAUACUUUCUCUCCUGCCCGAGGAGCAGGAGUUAUGGCUCUAUGCGCCACUAGUUCUUAUUACGAUACGAAUGAGAUUGCAACUCGGAUUCUUCCAAAUAUUGUCGUGCUUACCAUAGAUCCCGACAGUGAUGUAAGGUCGAAGGUAUUUCAAGCAGUUGAUCAAUUUUUACAGAUACUGAAGCAAUCCAAUGAGAAGAGUUACGCUGAAGAUACUGCCGGUGCCGGAAGUUUAGGGAUUGCAGGAAUGCCGGGAAAUAUCGGUUUAUUGGAAUGGGCCAUGAGCUCCUUGACUCUAAAAGGUAAAUCUUCGGACCAAGCUCCGGGUGCUGCUGCCUAUUCUACCCGACCUGUAGCCACCGCAACGUCGGCAGCCAGCUCGGGGGGAAUCGGAACUCCAAGUACAGCACCAGUCUCCCGUGUAAGUACUAGCCCGGACUUCACUUAUCAACCUCCGUACCCUGCUUCAACCGAUGGGUGGGGAGAAAUCGAGAACGGAAUUCAUGAAGAACAAGACAGUGACAAAGACGGAUGGGACGAUAUCGAACCCGAAUGGCUGAAGCCGUUUCCAUCUUUGGCAAACAUUCAGGCAGCUCAAAAGCGUCCCGUGUCACAACCGGUUUCACAGCCUAAACCUCAAGCUGUAAGUUCGAGACCAAAGAGUACAACGAAGGCGGCGAAAGGCGAAGACGAUGACUUGUGGGGUUCGAUAGCUCCUCCUCCAAAAGUUGCUUUGAAAUCAUUGAAAGUUAAACCAAGUGGAGCAGAGGAGGAGGAUCCCUGGGCAGCCAUUGCAGCUCCCCCUCCGACGACCAAGGUGAAGCCGUUGUCGGCCGGAAGAGGGAGAGGAACUAAACCGGCUGCACCAAAAUUGGGUGCACAGAGGAAGCGAACAUCUUCAACCGGGUAGUAAUACUAAUAAGUUACUAG